CCCAUAGUCCUGGCGGUCCUCCGAGGGCAGAGAGAGUUGAUACCUCUGCUCAGGGCCGCAGGAUGCGACAUGAACGCCCGGUUGGCUGAUGGACGGACAGCAUUGCACCUAGGGGCCAUGCUGGGCAUGCAAGGAUGCGUCAAGGACCUGGUCGAGGCAGGAGCUAAUUGCAUGAUAAGCGAUAAGCUCGGCAGGACCUGCGCCCACUUCGCGAGCUCAGGGGGCAAACUAGAGAUGCUACAGCACCUGCAGGGCGUGUGCGAGGAAGGGCUCCUACUAGUGGAGGAUAAGCAGAAGCAGACAUGUGCGCACGAGGCAAGUAAAACGGGGCAGGUGGAGGUUCUGAGGUACUUGAACGACACAUGUGGACAAGAGCUCCUGCUCAGGAAGGACUUUGAAGGGAUGGCUUGUACAAACCUUGCAUGCUAUUAUGGCCAUCUAGAUGUGAUCAAGUAC